AUGGCUGAGGAGGACCCGAAAGAAAAGGCUGACCGUGAGCGCAUUUUCAAGCACUUCGACACCAAUGGCGAUGGCAAAAUUUCGGCAGAUGAGCUAGGGGAUGCAUUGAAAGCACUCGGCUGCGUUUCAACGGAAGAAGUGAAAUACAUGAUGGAAGAAAUUGACACCGACCGCGACGGCUUCAUUUCGUAUGAGGAGUAUAUAUCUUUUGCUCUUGCUAACCGUGGUCUGAUGAAGGAUAUUGCCAAGGUCUUUUGA